AUGGCGUACUUCAUAGACGGAAAGGAUUGCAUGAUAUCCGAAUGGAUUCUACUAGCAGUUUCCUAUGUAUUCGUCGGUCUCCGGAUUUACGCUCGCCUCUUCAGGUUACGAGAGAAGCUGGCCUGGUCUGACAUUCUCCUCGUCCUCUCUGCUAUCAACGCUCUCGCAUUAAUCAUAUGUGACACUCUGACCUUCCAACUCGGCGUCAUGGAUCACUGGGAGUCUUCCGUCGCUCUUUCCAAGAUCUCCUUCGCAUCAAACUACUUCUACGAUGUCGGAAUGGGCAUCCCCAAAAUGAGCAUGCUGGCAUUCUACUGGGCCUACUUUCCCUCAACUACCAGCCCGGCAAUGCGCAAGGCACUUUGGGGUAUCACUGCUUUCGUCUGCCUUUCGUACAUGGCUAUACUUUGGGACGACACAUUCUUUUGUGGAAAGGACGUUUCGGUGCAGUGGUCACAGGAAGAUGGCGCAUGCAGUGUCUUUUACGCCCCAGAGCCCUUCAUCCUCAACUUCACCCUCAACCUCGCCUGCUACCUUUGCGUCUAUGUUCUCCCUUUGACUCUGUUGAUUCAAGGUGUUCUCGAGAGAUCCACUGGCCUGACUCUUACUUUUGCUCUUGGUACUUUAACCAUCAUGACAACCAUUGUACGCUUCAUUACCCUGAAAGUUGGCACUGGCCAGGAGAAUUUGGUUUAUCCUCUGAGCAUUCUGGAAAUGACUCUUGCGAUGACCGUUGUGGCCCUUCCGGGUUUGAAGCCUUUUCUCGACCGCCAAUCUACGAAGUCUUCAGUCGAAACAGUUCAUGUCGAUCACGAGAGCAAGAACUUUUCGUCAUGA